AUGAGCUGGGGCUACCUCACACAUCUGCUGGAGGAGGUUCAUCGGCACUCCACCUUCCUGAGCAAGCUGUGGAUCACCACCUUCGUCAUCUUUCGCGUCGUUCUCACGACGGUCGCCGGCGAGUCCAUCUACUACGACGAGCAGGGCCGCUUCUCGUGCAACACGGCGCAGCCCGGUUGCGAGAACGUCUGCUACGACAGCUUCGCCCCGCUCUCCCACGUCCGCUUCUGGGUGUUCCAGAUCAUCGCGGUCGCCACGCCCACCAUCCUGUACCUCGGCUUCGCAGUGCAUCGCAUCACCAGGAUCGAGUACAAGCGAGACGAACAAACCAAGCGAGCCAAGCGAACCGGCAGCCCCGACCGCGUGAUUGAAUGCACGGAGAAAGAGGAGGAGGUGGAGGUGGAAGAGGAGGUGGAGGAGGAGGGUGAAGAAGACGGCGAGGGGAAGCAGCACAACGAGCGGUGGAGGAUCAAGACGGACGGCCUGAUGGUGGCCUACACCCUCCAGCUGCUGGCCCGCACGCUGGCCGAGGUUGGCUUCCUGGUGGGGCAGUACCUGAUGUACGGCGUGGAGGUGGCCCCGCGCUUCAAGUGCGUCCGUGACCCCUGCCCGAAUAGCGUCGACUGCUUUGUGUCGCGCCCCACAGAGAAGACCGUCUUCCUUCUGGUCAUGUACGCAGUCGCCGGUCUCAGCCUCCUGCUCGAACUGUCCGAGAUUGCCUACCUGGGGCUGGGCACCAUCCACGACUCGCUGAGCGGGAGGCACCGGCCACGGAGCAGGGUGGCAGAUGCCGUCGAGCCGGAGUCCACGGCGGGUCCCAGAGCGACGUCACCAUCGGAAUUGUGGCAGCUCCGUGACGAGUUGAAGGAGCUUCAGACGGAGCUGGGGGCGACGCCGAGGGCCCACCAGGAGCCCCCCGAGCAGGCCGCUGGCGGCGCCUCCCACGGCGUGGACGCGCCCCAUGACCUGCACGUCUUGAUUUAG